AUGGCGAUCCCCUGUUCUCCUGACUGGUCACUGGUAGCUUCUUCUUCAUCUUCACCUUCGCACAUCACGUGCUCCACCAAACCCAAAAGCUUCCCACCAUGCACCAAGCGCAACAGCUUCUCUUUCCGCCCAAACUCCAACUUCCAUAUCAAAUCUUCCUGCUUCCCAUCUGCUCCAGUUCUGGCAGCAGAAGAGAAAGAAGAAGCACCCCCAAAUUUCCGUGGCAACCACUUCCGGCUUCAAAGAGACUACAACCUCCAGCAGCAGCCCUACCCGGCUUCAGAUGCAGAGAAUCUCAACGCAUUCCUUCGUGGGUUGCUUCACGAUCCCAGAACCGAAGCCUUGGCUUGUGACCACUACAGGAAAGCCAAGGAAAACCCACAGUUCAAGCCAGAGAAGUCCGUCGUAAAGCUUCUGGUGAAGUAUCUGGUUCGAACCAAGAACUGGGAUCGUUUGCUUCUGUUGCUUUCAGACGAUUUCAGGAGGUACGAUACUCUCCCCGACGCUUACACUUGCUCUACAUUGGUCGAGAAUUGCAUCCGAGCUAGGAAAUUCAGAAUUUCUGACCGAUUCCUCGUGAUUUUCCAAUCCCACCCUAAAGUCUCUGUUUUAGCUUUCAAUUCCGCUAUGAAAGGUUACAACAAGUUGCAUAUGUACGGCAGUGUGAUUCGAUUGCAUGGUAAAAUGAAAUCUUCUGAAAUCGGUUUGAGUUCUGGCUGCUAUUACCAGGCAAUGAAGGCACACCAGAAAUUGGGCAAUGCAGAAAACGUAGUUGCCCUGUUUGACGAGUUUGAAUCUGAAGAGCUUGACCCAAAACUAGAAGUUGUGACCAAAAUGUACAGAGUAUUGACUGAAUCACUAGCCAAAUCAGGUAGAGCUUCUGAAGCUCUCGGUUACUUGAGAAGGAAUAACAAGGAAGAUGGUUUGCUUGUCGAGGAUCCCAAAAUCUACUCAUCGUUAAUCUGGUCAUUUGCUGACUCCAAUCAAGCUCGAGAAGCGGAAGAGCUAUUUCACGAAGCGAUAGAGAAGAACGCAUUGCAAGACCCAGAGGCAUUCUCGAAGCUCAUCUCGAUGUAUAUCGAGCGAGGUCAGGUGGAAAAGACUCUCGAUGUUGUCAGUGCCAUGAGCCACGAUGCAAACGUCAAGGUUACCGAUUGUGUGUUCUGUACGGUACUGAACGGUUUCGCCAAAAGGAGAGGCUUUUCUGCUGCAAUCAAAGUGUACGAGGAGAUGAUAACCAAAGGGCAUGAGCCAGGACAGGUGACCUAUGCAUCAGCGAUCAAUGCAUACUACCGUGUGGCAAACUAUCGCACAGCAGAGAAGGUGUUUGCAGAGAUGCGCGAGAAGGGUUUCGACAGGUGCCUUGUGGCGUACUCCACCGUGAUCGCGAUGUACGGGAAGAUGGGUAGAGUUACGGAUGCAAUGCGGCUGUUGGGGGAAAUGAAGGAGAGGAAGUGCAAGCCCAACAUAUGGGUGUACAAUUGCUUGCUUGAGAUGCACGGUAGGGCGAUGAAUGUGAAGCAGGUGGAGAAGAUAUGGAGCGAGAUCAAGAGGAGGGGAGUAGGUCCCGACAAGGUCAGUUAUACUAGCCUCGUGAGCGCAUACAACAAGGCAAAGGACUUCGACAAGUGUGUUGAGUUUUUCGAAGAGUACAGGAAGGUGAUGAAUGGCGAUGGUGUGGAUAGGAAGAUGGGAGGGAUAAUGGUGGGGGUAUUCUCAAAGAUGAGUUCGAUAGAGGAGAUGAUGAAGCUGUUGAGAGACAUGGAGUCAGUUGGGACGGGAUUGGAUGCGAGGCUUUAUGCAACGGCUUUGAAUGCAUUGAGAGACGCUGGGCUCGAGUUGCAGUCAAAAUGGUUGAAGGAGAGCUUUCAAGCUACUUGA